UUCUGUUUGCCUGUCGCACUCUACUGGAAGCUGCUGGUUUAGUGACAUGGCUACCGCUCAGGAUACAAAGGGGGAAUUACAGAAGGAAUUGGUUUGUGCCAUUUGCCUGGAUUAUUUUGACGACCCAGUCAUUUUAAAAUGCGGUCACAACUUUUGCCGCAUGUGCAUUUUAAUGCACUGGGAAGAAAACGGAGGAGACGACAUCGGCUAUCAGUGUCCAGAGUGUCGGAUGGUGUUUGGCAAAAUGAGCUUCACAAAGAACUACCUGGUGAAGAACCUGGUGGACAAACUGAGUGAGUUUGAGUGUCUGAAGACGUGUAGGCCUCCUGCACCGGCCAAACCAGCCAAAACGGAUGGUAAAUGUGAGAGACACCACGAGGAGCUUAAACUCUACUGCCACACAGACAGAAAGCCCAUCUGUGUGGUGUGCAGAGAGUCGAGAGAUCACAGGCUCCAUGACGUUGCUCCUGUACCUGAAGUUGUUGAGGACAUGAAGGGGGGCCUAAAGCUGAGGCUCAUCAAACUAAACUGGCAAAAGUCUAUGUGUAGCCGAGUUAAAGCCACAGAUGAGCAAGCCAAAGCAGAUGUCAAACUAAAGAAGCAAGCUCUGAAGGAGAAGAUUGAGGAUGAUGUGGGAGCCCUGGUGCAGUUCCUGCUGGAUGAAAAGGACAGAUUGUUGGAGAGGCUGGAGGCAGAGGAGGCAUCUACUAUAUCACUGAUAGAUGAGAAUCUGAAACUGGUGGAAAGUGAGGCGGCUAAAGUGGACAAGGCCAUCGCUGAAAUUCAGAACCAGCUCAGCGAGGUAGCAAAAUUUGAGUUCUCUUAUGGAUGUCUUUUUCAGAGCAUCAGCAAAGCAUAUUCAAGCCCAAGUCAUGUUAACCUUACAGUACAGGCAGUGAACUGUCCUCCUGAUUUUACCGAAUUCACUGGACCCUUUCAGCUCAUCUUGUGGAAGAAGAUGAUGCAUGUGCUGCAUACAAUGCCUCAGAACCUGACGCUGGAUCUGGACACAGCACAUCCAUCUUUGGCCAUUAGCGACUUCGAUACAAAGGUAGAGGAGGGCCGAGCACGCUCGCACGAACCCGACCUCCCAUGUCGCUUCACGCGCUUCUUUGGUGUGUUAGCUACUGCGCAGUACUCCAGUGGCCAACACUACUGGGAGGUAGAUGUGAGGGACAAAGGAGUGUGGUACCUGGGUGUGACAACAGCACGGAGCAACCGCAAGGGCUUUGUUAGUCUGUCACCAUCAGCUGGAUACUGGAGCCUGAGCCUACACGACCGCUUGUACGCCAAUGAAGAGGACGCACGCGUGCCUGUGGCUGAUUACUGGAGCUCUCCACGUGUUGGUGUCUUCCUUGACUAUGAGCGUGGCCAUGUGGCUUUUUAUGACGCCGUCACCAUGAAGCGGGUCUACAGCUUCGCGGCAUACUUUGACGAACCUGUCUCACCCUUCUUCAGCCCUGGCAAGAAUGACCCGGGCAGCCGUCUGCAGAUCUGCCACUAUUACUGAGGAGAGACGGCCUCUUCAAUUUAACAUUUCAAGGAGACUACAGAUGUUCCCCUACUACUGAUAUGAGUGUGGGGGGAAAUGAGAUUGUGGAGAAGGUGAGACUGAAUAAGAGGAAAACUGAAAGAAAACUGCAUUCAUUUUAUCUGCAAUCGGACGUUUUCAUUCCGAGGCAUUCUUCUCUCAGGAGGUAGGCUGCCGUGGUGUGGUUCAGACCCGGAGCUUCUUCACAAUGUGAAAUAGGGAGUGUAAUGCUCUCCUCUGCCUGAUCUGAACAAGUCAGUCCUCAUUACUGUUGGAAUAUGAUGUAGCCCUGUUGACAUUCAGGUCACAAUGCGCUGAAGGUUUUAAGCAAAUAUCAACCUGAGCUGCUUUUAACAUCUCAUUUCACCUCAGUGUUGCUCGGUGUUCCCUUCCGUGCCCUUUUUAAGACAUGGAAUUUAGCUCAGUAGGUUUUAGAAGUAGUUCGCUGUGAACUUUUAAAAAGACUCUAGAGUCAUUUGAACUUUUUUAAUUAUUUCUUUUAAUAAUAAAUUCCUCAUUUCUGUAUACACUUGGAUAGAAAUGAGUGACUAGUGCUUGAAGACCUAAUACAUAAUUAGUUCAAGGUUCUGCGUUUGUAAAGGCUGCUAUGCACAGUUUCUAACAUUUCCAUAAUAACUAUUUAAAUAAGGUUUAUUUACUCUACUGGUUUGCUGAAAAAACCUUGCUCUGAGUGUGGCAUCAGGCAGCAAAUGUGUGUACUGCUUACAGAUAAGUGUGCUUUUUGGAAUAUGUGAUCUUGAUAUGUGUUUACAUAAUUAAGUGUUCAGGUAUAUCUCAAAUGUAAUUAAAAUGAAUUACACUGUAUAUUUUCUUUUUAAUGAUUUUUUUUUUUUUUUUUUUACCGUGAAUUUGUGAUAGAAACACAAACCACAGUAUUUCCAUAUAUACAAACCCAAGCGGUUUAUUUAUUUCUGUCUGUAGUCGCUUCAUGUCUGAAUAUUUGUACACAUUUUUCCUAUUUAAAAAAAAAAAUGUGUAGACCAAAAAGACACUUUUAAAAGCAGACUUGACACCCAGGUCAAUGUCUUACACUUGCAUCAUUAUUACAAAUCUUAUUUUCCAUUUUUCUUCUUUUUUUUCCCCUUUCUUAUUCAUAUCUGUAUGAAUGAUGUACAAAAUGGGGGUCUCUGAAUAGAAGUGGUGGUUAAAAUGGCUGUGCAGAAACGUUUAUUAAUUAUUUAUUCAUUCUCACACAACAAACAGAUUGCAGACUGUUUAGUCUUUUAAUGUUUUAAACUUCUCCCAAAUGUUUUCAUUUCAUUUUUUAGUCUUUAUAAACGCUUUUGUGAAUGUAUUGGUGGCACAACAGACUAGCAGACAGAAAAGCAAGAGAAAAGACGGCAUUAUUAAUAGCUAUUAUAUUUUUAAAAAUGAAAAAAAUUCUUGCCUGCUUGUAGUUCAGCUUUUGUCUGGGUGUGUUUCCCUUCUGUUACAUAUAUGUAAUAAAUGUCUUAUUAAUGGGAUUUGUUCUGCAGCAAAUGCUGCAGAUCGCAGUGUGUUGUCUGUAAUACAGCAGGAGGACGUCGAGUGAUGAUGAUGUUCUCUUCCUUCACUAGAACAACACCAGUGUGGGUUUCUACAGCAGGACAUCUCACCUUUUUUGCAGCCAGGGAACUCAAACUGUAGAAAAACACCCACAGCCCCCUCUGAUUUAUUUUAUGAAUGUAAUCCGGCUGAUUAAAUUUUAGGCUCAUUGAUAAUAUUUUGUACAAUUAUAUCUUGGCUACUGCUUGGAGCUGUAGUGUGUUAUUAAAAUUGUCAUUAGCUUUAAUGUUGUUUAAGAGCAGACUAGUUUUUGUGUUAUUGAGAUUUGUAAUAAAUGUUUAAUUUACGGGAAAGCAAAUAAUUAAAGAAACUCAUCAUCAGGAAAUCAUGA